AUGGCCACCAAGGAUCGAUUUGGAUCCUCUAUGGUCUUCCCUAUCACUGGGAAUAUCUAUCCCAAAGGGUACUAUCAAGUGACACUUAACAUAGGCCACCCAUCCAAACCUUACUUUCUUGAUAUGGACACUGGCAGUGACCUCACUUGGCUUCAAUGUGAUGUAACUUGUACCAAAUGCACUCCAGCCUUUCACACUCUUUACAAGUCAAACAAAAACAUUGUCACAUGUAAGGAUCCCCUCUAUGGUUCUCUUCAUUGGCCUGGUAACCACCCUUGUGAAACCCCUGACGAGCUCUGUGACUACGAGUUCCAGUAUGCUGAUCAUGGUUCAUCUAUGGGUUUCUUGGUCAAAGAUUUAUUUCCUUGCGAAACCCCUCACACUCUGUUGGCCCCUGCCUAA